CUGGUGACCCUUCCAAUGACAUCACGUGUGAUAUUAACUAUUUGACGUAUCAGCAAACUUCAUCUGAAAGAUCAAGACUUGCAAAUCCAGUAGCAAUGCCCGAGGGGCUGGACGGACAGGUCAGGGUUUCUGUAUUCCUGUCCAAGAAAUGGUCACUGCAAGACUUGGAGCAGCCAAAGAUGCAAAGGAGCGCAUGAGUCCCGCUGGAGAUGAAAACUGUUUCACAGUGUUUUUCAUCCAGAGAGAGAAGGAAGAGCGGUGGAAGCUGGGAUCUUUGGAGUUCACCACCCCACCCGAGUCGGAGCUGGCCGUCCGCUGGGUCUCUGCCUUGCAGUUCUGGAUUUCUCACCACGGUGUGACAAGGCCUAAAAGCCUUUUGGUCUUUAUUAAUCCUGCUGGGGGACGCAAGAAGGCCGUGGAGAUCUACCAAGGUCAGGUGGCCUCGCUUUUCGCCCUGGCCGGGAUCCAUACCCAUGUUAUAGAGACCAGCCAAGCAAACGAGGCUCGUGAAUAUAUCUUGCAUCAAGAUCUCUACACCUUUGAUGGGUAAGAAACUCCAACCAGGGGGUGCCUGCAUUGUGCCCCCCCC